AUGUCAUCAUUAUUAUAAGUGGAAUUUCUUUUUAUGCUGCAAUUAAAAAAACAUGGAAUAAACUUGAUAUGUUUCAUAAUUAUUUUGUUUGAAAUUUCAUAAUAUUGA